AUGGUUAAGAUCCUCGCUUAUUUUAUGAAAUGUGGGACUCAAAUUUAUGAGUAUUUUGUGAGGCUGUAUCAGCACCUCCGGAAAUUCUGGAUUGUCACUGCUAAGAGGCUUUUCAUUAAGCAGAAGGAAGAAGAACAUAUCCCUCCAGCUGAGAGCAUUUUUCACAAAGAAAAAAUUUUACUACUUGGCCGUAGGUUGAAGAAUAAUUCUCUGUCCAUUGAGAAGAGAGCUCAAGCUGCCUACAGAAUCGGACUAUUGGCCUUCACAGGGGGACCAACUGCUGGGAAGUUUGCAGCUGAGCACAUGCAAGAAGUAGCCCAGUUGUUACAAAAUCAUGAGAUGGCACCAAAAACAAAGAUCCUGCUGCUCCAGAGUGUAGCCUGUUGGUGUUACUUAAACCCUGCCAGCCAGAGAAGAGCCAGACAUCUGCAGUUUAUUCCUAUUCUCAUCAGUGUUUUGAAAAGCAGAUGUGAGUCUACUAUCAAAAGUGAAAUAAACAGCCACCUCUGUGUGAAAUUUUGGACUUGCUAUGUUCUCUCCGUCAUGACAUGCAAUAGCUCGUCUUGCAUGAAGGAGCUUGGAGACCACAGCACUCUAAAAUAUGAUUUGCAAAUUUUGGCUACUGAGAAUUGGUCCGGAUGGCCUGAGAAUUUUGCAGAGGUGCUGUAUUUCCUAAUUGGUUUCCACAGGAGUUAA